GCAAAUCAAAGGAUCUCAAUUUCUUCUUAGUCAACAAGUGUUUCUUCUCUUCUUCUUCUUCGAUUCGGAGGUAGAGAAGAAACAUGGCAGCUCCGGCGAUAAUUAACGGCGGCGAUGCGACGGAGAGAGAGACACGAAUGGCUCACUCUGCAAUGACAUUGGUUCAAGUCAUAAAUGGAGGUUACCAUGUGAUUACGAAAGUAGCUCUUAACGUUGGUGUCAAUCAGCUCGUCUUUUGUGUCUUUCGCGAUCUUCUUGCUCUCUCCAUUCUCGCACCUCUCGCUUUUUUCCGCGAAAGAAGGAUCAGACCUCCUAUGAAUAGAAACGUCUUCUUUUCACUCUUCUUUCUUGGUUUAGCAGGGAUAUUUGGGAACCAGUUACUAUUUCUUAUGGGUUUAUCGUACACGAAUCCCACUUAUGCCGCAGCUAUACAACCGUCAAUCCCAGUCUUUACAUUUCUCUUGGCUGUCAUGAUGGGUACAGAAAAAGUGAACUUGUUUAGAAUCGAGGGCCAAACGAAAGUUGGAGGUACUCUUGUUUGUGUUUCGGGUGCCGUGGCAAUGGCUUUGUUCCGUGGUCCAGCCUUGUUUGGAGGUAAAGAUGCAGUAGACUCAGUGAGAAGUGUAAUAAUUGAUAGAAGUCAACCAGAGUCUAAUGGGUGGUUAGUCUCUAGUUUUCUUGGUCUUGGGUUUGAUCUAUGGCACAUUGGAGUUUUAUGCUUGAUUGGAAACUGUAUGUGUAUGGCUGCUUUUCUCGCUGUCCAAGCACCGGUUUUGAAGAAGUAUCCUGCCUACCUUUCGGUUGCUGCGUAUUCAUACUUCUUCGGUGCAUCAAUAAUGAUUACAACAGCUAUCUUGUUUGUUAGAGAGCCUAAAGAUUGGAGCUUAACACAAUCUGAGGUUCUUGCUGUUAUAUUCGCAGGAGUGUUUGCAUCAGCUCUAAACUAUGGACUCUUGACUUGGUCCAAUAAAAUUCUUGGAGCUGCUUUGGUUUCUCUAUACAAUCCUCUUCAGCCUGCAACAUCCGCCUUUUUAUCGACGAUUUUCCUCGGCAGCCCGAUCUAUCUCGGAAGCGUUUUGGGCGGAAUCCUCAUCAUUUGCGGGCUUUAUAUGGUUACUUGGGCAUCUUAUAGAGAACAACAAACAAAAGUAUCUGGGAAUGAGAUUGCUUCUUCUAGUGAUGUAAGAAUCUCGGAACCUUUGAUUUACAGAGAUGAGACUGGUAAAUAAAUUCAGAACAUGUAAUGAAAAUGAUAGUUGUAG